AUGUCCUACUCCAACACAGCAGUUCGUUUCUUCACUGCCCCGAGAUCUCUAGGAAAUGUCAUGGAGUCCAACACAGCUGCGCAGCCUGCGGCUAGCUCCCCGGGCCAAACGGUGCUCAGGCCAAGCAUCUCAACCAGCCAUCCUUCAUCAGAAGCAGUGGUGAAUCACCAACCGAUGAGGAAAGGCCUCACAUUUGCAAAUCAGGACUCGCUACCCAAGCUUCCUAUUCCGAGCCUGGAGGACACUUGCCGAAAGCAUCUGGAAGCACUGUCCGCUUUGCAGACUAUUCGUGAACAUGAAGAGACCAAAGCGGCUGUCAAUGAAUUCCUCAAGACCGAGGGUCCCACACUCCAAGAGAAGCUUAAAACAUACGCUUCGUCAAAGACGAGCUACAUCGAGCAAUUUUGGUAUGAUUCUUAUCUGAACUUUGAUAAUCCUGUGGUUCUGAAUCUCAAUCCAUUCUUCCUCUUGGAGGACGAUCCGACCCCAGCUCGGAAUCACCAGGUAACCCGUGCAGCGUCCUUGGUUGUCUCGGCUCUCUCCUUCGUUCGAGCAGUGCGUCGCGAAGAGCUGCCACCUGAUACUGUACGAGGAACGCCAUUGUGCAUGUAUCAAUAUUCUCGCAUGUUUGGAACAGCUCGACUCCCCACCGACAACGGUUGCGUCAUCAGUCAAGAUCCUUCUGCUAGACACAUGGUAGUCCUGUGCCGAGGCCAGUUUUACUGGUUUGAUGUGCUUGACGAUAAUAGUGACCUGAUUAUGACGGAGAAAGAUAUUUCUCUGAAUCUACACGUGAUCAUCGAGGAUGCAGCCCAAACUCCUGUACAUGAAGCUGCAAAGGGAGCCUUGGGGGUCCUGAGCACCGAGAAUCGCAAAGUGUGGUCAGGUCUGCGCGAGAUUAUGACAAAAGAUGCAACCUCGAACAAUGCCGAGUGCUUGAACAUCGUCGAUACCGCUCUGUUCGUGCUCUGCCUUGAUGACACGGAGCCCACAAGUACUGCAGAGUUAUGCGCUAACAUGCUGUGCGGCACGAGCGAGAUUGUCAAGGGAGUGCAGGUCGGAACGUGCACUAAUCGAUGGUACGACAAAUUGCAAAUCAUUGUCUGCAAAAAUGGAAGUGCUGGAAUCAACUUUGAACACACUGGUGUGGACGGCCACACGGUUCUGCGCUUUGCUAGUGACGUCUACACUGACACUAUUCUUCGAUUUGCAAAGACCAUCAAUGGACAGGCCCCAAGUCUCUGGGCCACUUCAAGUCCCGAUCCAGCCAAACGUGAUCCGAGCAGCUUUGGCAAUGUGAGCACGACACCUCGCAAGCUAGAGUGGGAAAUGACUCCAGAAAUGAACAUCGCCCUCAGAUUUGCCGAAUCCCAUCUAUCUGAUCUCUUGCACCAGCAUGAAUUCCAGGUUCUUGACUUUGAGGGCUUCGGCAAGAACUUCAUCACCUCUAUGGGAUUCUCGCCCGACGCAUUUGUGCAGAUGGCUUUCCAGGCAGCCUAUUAUGGGCUCUACGGUCGGGUUGAAAAUACCUAUGAGCCGGCUAUGACAAAGUUCUUUUUACAUGGUCGGACUGAGGCCAUUCGUACCGUGACGCCCGAAGCUGUCGAGUUCGUCAAGGCCUUCUGGGGCGAUAAUACGGCCGAGCACAAGAUUGAUGCUCUCCGCACUGCGACCCAGAAGCAUUCCGCCAUGACCAAGGAGUGUUCCAAGGGACAAGGCCCAGAUCGUCACCUAUACGCUCUGUACUGCCUCUGGCAGCGAACUUUUGACGAGAGUCUUUUCCUAGACAGCAGCUCUGCUGAGGGUUACUCAAGCCCCAGCGAAGGGGUGCUGUCUGGAGUAUCGGAAGAUGGCUUGUCUACCUCACCAGAUAGUGGUAGUAACCGCGGGAUGCGCACGAUGGUGCCUCAGACUCCCGCAAUCUUCAGUGAUCCAGGUUGGGACAAGAUUAACACUACUGUGUUGUCAACGUCCAACUGUGGCAAUCCAUGUUUGCGUCAUUUCGGGUUCGGUCCAACAUCUGCUGACGGAUUCGGUAUCGGAUACAUCAUUAAGGACGACUCCAUUUCAUUCUGCGCCUCUUCGAAGCAUCGGCAAACGGCACGCCUCAUGCACACACUUGAGUCCUAUCUCUUUGAGAUCAGAAAGCUGCUUCGCGCAACCAAUCGAAAGGCCACAAGUCCACGAACAAGUCGGGCAAGGGAGAAUGAAGGCAUGACAGAGCGUCAUCAUCCUGAUUCCAAUCGACGGGGUCGUGUUGUCCGAGGCGACGGCCGCGGCGGCUUUGAGACACCGGCCACUACUACGGAUAGCGCGGAGAUCGAAGAUGACGGAAUGGGUGGUUACGGCUUCUUCGAUGCUGGUAUGCUUUUGCAUGCUCUUAAGGGAGUGAACGCGGAACGUGAGCGUAAUGACAAGCCGGCAAGGCGAAAGUUUGUUGGAAAGAAACUGCACCUCAAUGAAUAUUGA